CCCACCAGCACGGGGUGGCCAUCCUGGAGAAGGAGCUGGCCCAGCUGAAGCUGCCGGACAUCUCGGGUGACUUUCGCAUCCACCCCAUGGGCAGGGUGCACUACGACGUCUCCAGGUUGGACCUGCGUGGUUUCCACCUGCCGUACUCGCGGAUUUCGCUGGUCCCCGGCGUGGGCCUGCAGGUCGCCAUCUCCAACGCCUUCGCCGAGGUGGACGGGAACUGGCGGGUCAAGUUCCACUUCAUCCGCGACCACGGCUCGUUUGCCGUGAAGGUGGAGAACAUCUACACCAGAAUCAGCCUGAGGCUGGGCAGCGACGCCUCGGGGAAGCCCACCAUUGACACCUCGGACUGCAGCACCCGCAUCUCCCAAGUCCGGGUGCGCUUUUCAGGCAGGCUGGGGUGGCUUUACAACCUCUUCCACAGUGCAAUCGAGCGCCCGUUCAGGAGGUCCUUGGAGACCAAGGUCUGCGAGAGCGCGGCCGCCUCCGUGCGCAGCGAUCUCCAGCCGUACCUGCGGACCCUGCCAGUCAUGGCCAGGAUAGAUGCCAUGGCUGGCAUCGACUACUCCUUGGUGGCUCCCCCAACUGCUACCGCCCAGUCCCUGGACGUGGGCCUGAAGGGCGAGUUCUUCUCCCUGGCGCGCCGCUCCGCCGUGCCCUUCCCUCCGCUGCCGCUGGCCUUGCCCCCGGAUCACGACCGCAUGGUUUACUUCGGGGCCUCCAGUUUUGUCAACCCGGCCGGCUGCGCCUACCAUGCAGCCGGGGCGCUGGUCUUCGAGAUCACAGACUCCAUGAUGCCCAAGGCCGUUGCCUUCCACCUGAACACCACCACCUUCUCAGCCUUCAUCCCCCAGCUGGAGAAGCUGUACCCGGACAUGCUGAUGAAGCUCAGGCUGUCCGCCCCCUCCGCCCCCUUCCUCAACAUCGGACCAGAGGGGCUGUCGCUCCGGCCUGUCGUGGAUGUCCAGGCUUACGCCAUCCUUCCCAACUCCAGCCUGGCUCCUCUCUUCCUCCUCGGCCUGACAGGCAACGUGUCUGCUGUCGUCAACGUGAGAUCCGGCCACAUAGUUGGGAGCCUCAACGUGGGCAGGAUGAGGUUCUCUCUGAAGCAUUCGGAUGUGGGCCCUUUCCAGGUGCGAACACUGCAGUCCAUCAUGAACAUCUACGCUUCCAGUAUCCUGCUGCCCCGUCUUAAUGCCAGGUUAGACCAGGGCUUCCCUCUGCC